CUCUUCGGCUUCUGACCUCACCAUCACACCAGCAGCAAAAUGCCGCAGAACGAAUAUAUUGAGCGUCACAUCAAGCUCCAUGGCCGGCGGCUCGAUCAUGAGGAGCGCAAGCGUAAGCGCGAGGCUCGCGAGCCGAAGAAGCGCGCUGCCAUGGCCCGUAAACUGCGAGGCAUCAAGGCCAAACUGUUCCAGAAGCAACGGCGCAAUGAGAAGAUCCAGAUGAAGAAAAAAAUUCAGGCUCACGAAGAAAAGAAGGUCAAAAAGACCACGGAGAAGGUUGAGGAUGGAGCGAUUCCGGCGUACCUGUUGGAUCGUGGUGUACAGUCCAGUGCCAAGGUGCUGUCGAACAUGAUUAAGCAAAAGCGAAAGGAGAAGGCUGGCAAAUGGGACGUACCGAUUCCGAAGGUUCGAGCACAGGCAGACUCAGAGGUAUUCAAGGUGAUUCGCAGCGGCAAAACGAAACGGAAAGCGUGGAAACGCAUGGUCACCAAGGUCACCUAUGUGGGCGAGAACUUCACCCGAAAACCGCCAAAAUUCGAACGGUUUAUCCGACCUAUGGCGCUUCGAUUCAACAAAGCGCACGUUACGCAUCCGGAGUUGAAGGCGACGUUCCACCUGCCGAUCAUCGGCGUUAAGAAGAAUCCCUCCUCCCCGAUGUACACCAGCUUGGGGGUCAUCACCAAGGGUACUGUGAUCGAAGUGAACAUUUCCGAGCUGGGUUUGGUCACGCAGUCGGGCAAGGUCGUCUGGGGUAAAUACGCCCAAGUGACGAACAAUCCCGAAAAUGACGGAUGUAUUAAUGCUGUGCUAUUAGUUUAGUCGCUGUCCAAUCACCUGAUUCUUUUUUUUUUCUCAUGUAAAGUCUGCAUUAGUAUGUAAGGUUGCGUCGUUUAGUUUUGUAUGGAUGUGAAAAAUAUAACUCGAGGUAUGCAUUCGUAAAAUUA